CCCCAUUGCUGAUGUGCAGGCAAGCUGAUGAAACGAUGGAAGGGCAGAAGAACAGGCCUGUUGCUGCCAUUGGUCCUCCUGUUGUUUGGGGCACGUAGCUCACUGGCAUGGGUAUGUGGCCGGCGAAUGAGUGGCAGAUCCCAACAACUUAAUGUUUCUGCUAUCGUGGGAGGCAAACCUGCAAACAUCUUGGAGUUCCCCUGGCAUGUGGGGAUUAUGAAUCAUGGUAGUCAUCUCUGUGGGGGAUCUAUUCUCAAUGAGUGGUGGGUUCUAUCUGCAUCCCAUUGCUUUGACCAACUAAACAACUCUAAAUUGGAGAUCAUUCAUGGCACUGAAGACCUCAGCACAAAGGGCAUAAAGUAUCAGAAAGUGGACAAGUUAUUCUUGCACCCAAAGUUUGAUGACUGGCUCCUGGACAACGACAUAGCUUUGCUCUUGCUCAAAUCCCCAUUAAACUUGAGUAUCAACAGGAUACCUAUCUGCACUUCAGAAGUCUCCGACAUACAGGCAUGGAGGAACUGCUGGGUGACAGGAUGGGGCGUUACUAAUACUAGUGAAAAAGGAGUCCAACCCACAAUUCUGCAGACAGUCAAAGUGGAUCUGUACAGAUGGGAUUGGUGUGGCUAUAUUUUGCCUCUAUUAACCAAGAAUAUGCUGUGUGCUGGGACUCAAGAUCCUGGGAAGGAUGCCUGCCAGGGUGACAGUGGAGGAGCUCUCGUUUGCAACAAAAAGAGAAACACAGCCACUUGGUACCAGGUGGGCAUUGUCAGCUGGGGCAUGGGCUGUGGCAAGAAGAAUCUGCCGGGAGUAUACACCAAGGUGUCACGAUACCAGAGGUGGAUCAUCAAGCAGACAGCGAAGGCGGGGAGGCCUUAUGUGUAUAAGCAGAACUCUGCGUGCCCUUUGGUGCUCUCUUGCCGGGCUAUCUUGUGCCUAUAUUUUGUAAUGUUUCUUCUAACCUGAUGAUUAAACAGGAGA